AUGACUAAACACAAGGAAAAUUCCCUCUCCUUCAAGAAACACCAAGAAAACACAAUAAUGGCUAGACCCAUUUGCUUGGGGCUACAGUACUUUGCGCUCUUGAUGUUCUUUGGUGCAGUUGUUUCUUUUGCUAGACCACCUCUACAACCGCCUCGACAAGACCCAAGUUACCUCAAGUUUGUGUUCAAUGCUACCGAACUCCCAUCCGAAGACUACUAUGAUUACAUCAUCGUUGGGGGAGGCACUGCCGGAUGCCCAUUGGCUGCAACACUAUCGCAGUCGUAUAAAGUACUAGUGCUCGAGCGAGGCGGUGUUGCCCAUGGAAAGCCCAAUUUGAUGAACCAAGAAGGUUUCUUGAACACACUCAUGGAAGACAAUGCAUUCGACUCCCCUGCCCAAGCCUUCACAUCUGAAGAAGGAGUCCUCAAUGCCCGAGGUCGCGUUCUUGGUGGCAGCAGUGCGAUAAAUGCAGGGUUCUAUAGCAGAGCAGAUCAAGAGUUUUAUCAGAAAUCGGGUGUCCAUUGGGAUCUUAAAGUGGUGAACGAGUCCUAUGAGUGGGUUGAGAGGGAAAUAGUGUUUAGGCCAGAGCUAAGGAAUUGGCAAUCGGCAAUUCGAGAUGGGUUAUUGGAAGCUGGUGUUGAUCCCUAUAACGGGUUUAGUUUAGAUCACUUGGUGGGAACCAAGAUUGGCGGUUCGACUUUUGAUAGAACCGGGAGGAGACACACUGCCGCUGAUCUCCUGAGGUACGCAAGACCAUCCAAUAUUCAGGUGGCCGUGUACGCAACUGUGGAAAGAAUACUACUGGCUUCAACUUCAGCGCGCACGCGUUCAAGGCUAUCAGCAAUCGGAGUUGUUUAUCGUGAUCACUUCAGGAGGUAUCACCAUGCGAUGUUGAGCAGACAUGGCGAGGUGAUCCUUUCUGCCGGUGCCAUUGGAAGCCCACAGCUCCUGCUGUUGAGUGGCAUUGGUCCACGGCCUCAUCUAUCGUCUUGGGGAAUCCCUGUGGCUCGUCAUCUUCCCUAUGUUGGGCAGUACCUUUACGAUAAUCCCAGAAAUGGUAUCUCCAUUGUGGCCCCAACUCCGCUGGAGCACUCACUGAUACAGGUCGUCGGCAUCACUGAAUCGGGGGCUUACAUCGAAGCAGCUUCCAAUGUCAUCCCUUUUGCAUCCCCCGCUCGCUCCAUAUUCAUUCGGACACCAUCCGCCCCUCUGUAUCUCACUGUGGCUACUCUCAUGGAAAAGAUUGUUGGGCCACUUUCGAGUGGAACAUUGAGACUAGCCUCAAUAGAUGUGAGGUUAAACCCAAUUGUUCGAUUCAAUUACUUGAACAACCCAGUUGAUCUUGAACGCUGCGUGAAUGGCACACGCAAGAUUGGUGCUGUGCUCAGGAGCAGGUCCUUGGAGAAUUUCAAGUUUAGGAACUUGUUCGGUGGUCAUGACUUUAGGUUCGUGGGACCUGCAUUGCCUGUUGAUCAAUCCAACAGACGUAUGAUGGAAGAUUUCUGUCGCCGGACAGUUAGUACCAUAUGGCACUACCACGGGGGCUGCGUUGUGGGGAAAGUGGUUGAUGCUGACUUCCGGGUCAUUGGCAUUGAUGCACUCCGAGUUGUUGAUGGGUCGACGUUUGGAGUUUCGCCAGGGACAAAUCCUCAGGCCACUGUACUGAUGCUUGGAAGAUAUGUUGGGCUGAAGUUGAUCGAAGAGCGAACGAGACGAUGA